AUGUAUAACGGAAUUGGUUUGCCGACGCCUAGAGGUAGCGGGACCAACGGUUAUGUACAGCGAAACCUGGCAUAUCUUACUACCUACAAGGAUAAAAUUAAUUACAAAACAGACGGAGAUGCUAAACGUGUGGAUGCACUGGCGUUUAAAGAGCCUAAUAAGGAUAUACUGAUGCACGAAAAAAAGCGGCAGGUCGAAGUGAGGUGCUUUGAACUGCAACAAACGAUGGAGGACCAGGGGUAUACUGAAAGGGAAAUUGAUGAAAAAGUUUCAGCUCUGAGGAAGGAGCUUAUUUCUAGGCUUGGUGACGACAUUGCUCCCAGGAGUCUAGGUGAAGCAUUUAAAUCGGGUGCGACCAUUAUUCCAGAUGCCAACAGGCUUAUUCCGCGAGGUACACACGAAACUGCAGCAGUGGCAAUUCUGAAGAAUACGGUUUUUAAAGAAGCUUUGGGGAUAGGUGAGGAUUAUGAAGAUGGAAGUGCGAUGCAAAGCUCGCGCGAACGACGUCGACAAGCUGAGGAGGCGAAAGCUCUCUUCGAGUCUCAGAAGAGUUUGAAGACGCUGAAAUCUUCGUCAGAAGAAUCCGAUGAGGACGACGAAGGGACUAAAAAGGAAAAGAGCAUUCAGAAACACAAGAAAACUCACAGUCAUCGUAGAAAACAUAAGCGAAGUAGGAAGGAUUCGGCAAAUUCUUUUUCGAAUUCAGCUUCUGAGGCGGAGUCCAAGGAGAGACGAAAGAAGCACCGCAAGCUCCAUCAAUGA